AUGGCAAUUAAGUCCAGAGUAAACCAUGGCCUUGGAAGGAAGAUGGGCUCAGUGGCUAUGCCCCAGGAGAGUCUUCAGGAAAGAGCACUUAAGCUUCAUGUUCAGUACAGGGAGAACAUUAUCAGGGAGCCAAGGGCUUGUUGUAGCAACAGCAGAGCAUUGAGGUUUCUCAGUCAGUGUCUAGAGGAUACACUGAUAGACAUGUUUGCUCGACUCAGAAAAUUAUUUCGGAGAACCAAUGUGGAUGGGAGAGAGACUAGAGAGAGGAGGAAGGGAGCUGGCCUUUCAUCUGAGAGUAAUGAAGGACAAAGGAGGUGGUCAUGGAGAAUGUGGAGGGCUGGCAGGCCAACAUCAUCCCCUGUAACUCUCCUGAGCAAGAAGCAGGCCAAGGAGGAAGAGGAGAGGCUGACCAGAGAGCUGCAGCUUGUUACCCAAGAGAGAAAUGAGCUGAGAGAUCGCUUGAUCUAUGUCACAGAGGGAGCCAUGAACAAGAGGCCAUACUACACACCAAAUCCGUUAUAUGAAAAAUUGAAGUUAAAGGAGAAGGAGAUUAUGACAUUUCUACACACCUUAGAGAAGGAGAAUAUUGAGGCCAAACAGACCUUCCAGGAUCUCAAGAAGGAAAUUAACUUCUAUCGCAACCUGCACAGCCGGCUCCUGAUGCAGAAAAACAUUAUGAAUAAGAGAUUGGUUACACUGAAGCAGGAGAACAAGGAAGUACAUGCUGAUUGGACCAUCAUUCAGCAAUACCUGAUUGACUUGAACCUGAAUGAUAAAGAUGAACAGGACAAGACCAGCAUCUUCCAGGGCCAACAAAAUCAGGAUGCAGAGAGUGUAGCAAGAGCUGAAAUUUCCACAGCCCAGGAAGAGGGCCUCCUGCAGAAUGAGUUACCACUUCAGGAAGCCCCUGAUGAGCUCCAUCCUCAACAGCCACAAAAUUCCUUGGAUGAGUCUUCUACCACAUAA